GGUAUUCGGAUUGACCAGCAAAAACCUUAAAAUUCACGAAUUACAAAUUCCCGCUUCUCUGGCUCAGCGCUGCAAAGCUUUCCGCCGGUCGCAAAGACCUCUCGAGAUUAAGAAGGCAAUUUGUUGAGCUGAAGGAAAAAUAAAAAGAAAAAAUGGAUGAAUAUCAAGAAAUGGAGAAGUUUGGCAUGGAGAAUGAUUUCGAGGAUGGGCAAUGGAUUGGUGGAGAGUUUUAUUAUAGAAAACGUAGAGAAAAGCACACGCAGACGAAAGAUGAUGUCUUGUAUGGUGUUUUUGCUUCUGGGGAUAGUGAUUCUGAUGAUUAUGGGGGUUUAGGGUCUUCGAGGAAAAGGAGGAAGGAUAAGGGGCUUUCCUCGAAACCUGACUUUAGUAAGCCUGUCAAUUUUGUGUCUACUGGUACUGUUAUGCCCAAUCAGGAAAUUGAUCGAAAUUUAGAGGAGGAGAAGCUAGAUGAUGAGGGGGAAGCUGAUCGAGUCCCAGCUGGGCUUGGUUUUGGUGCGAGUUCUUCUUCAUCAAAGGAAACAACUAUGUUGAUGGAGGAUGGUAGUAAAAAUGAUGAUGACGACUUUUUACCAAGUGCUUUUGGGAAAAAGAUCAAAGAAGGAGCUCAAUUGAGACGCGAGAGGGAAAAGGAGAAAUCGAUGUUAGCUAAGAAGUCUUCUCGACCGGGGAGGAAGGAACUCGAGCCAGGCGAUGUGGGUUCCUUUGAGAAGCACACGAAGGGUAUUGGGUUGAGAUUGUUGGAGAAGAUGGGUUACAAAGGAGGGGGGUUGGGUAAAAAUGAGCAAGGUAUUGUGUCUCCAAUUCAGGCUAAAUUGCGACCAAAGAAUAUGGGGAUGGGUUUUAAUGACUACAAAGAGACUAAUCUGCCAGUGCUGAAGGAACUAGAAGAGAAGGUUGUGACUUCUUCUGUUCAGCCUGGUGUGGUUCAGUUGAAAGAGAAGCUCUGGUCCAAGCAAGCACGGAUUAAGAAGAAGGUUUAUGUUACAGCUGAGGAGUUGUUGGCGAAGAAGCAAGAGCAGAGCCUUGAAGUUGUGCAGAAAGUUUUCGACAUGAGGGGGCCUCAGGUUCGUGUCUUGACCAACUUGGAAAAUCUAAAUGCUGAAGAGAAAGCAAGAGAGAAUGACAUACCAAUGCCUGAGCUUCAGCACAAUAUUAAACUGAUUGUGGAUUUAGCUGAAUUAGAUAUACAGAAGAUAGAUCGAGACUUAAGAAACGAGCGGGAGACAGUUGUAAGUUUGCAGAAAGAGAGGGAGAAACUCCAAAACCAAGCAUCUAAGGAGAAGCAGGAGCUUGAUAACAUGGGAGAUAUACUUAACAUAUUGGAGCAGAUAGGGGAGCAGAGCUCUUCGGGAACACUGACCCUAGAUUCUUUGGCUAAGUUGUUUGUGGACAUGCAGAAACGACACGGAGAAGAAUAUAAACUUUGCAAUUUAUCAUGCAUUGCAUGUUCAUAUGCCCAGCCCUUGUUUAUCAGAGUAUUUCAGGGUUGGGACCCUCUUCAGAAUCCAACACAUGGGAGAGAAAUGGUAUCCCAAUGGAAGUCCCUUUUGCAAGAAGACUCUUUAAAUUUCGCUAACAGUUCAUCUCCUUACACACAACUGAUUAUGGAAGUUGUGUUUCCUGCUGUUAGAAUAUCUGGCACCAAUACUUGGCAGGCAAGAGAUCCCGAGCCAAUGCUUCGAUUUCUGGAUUCUUGGGAAAAAUUGCUGCCAACUCUUGUUGUUCAGAAAAUUCUGGACGAAAUUGUCAUGCCAAAAUUAUCAGCUGCUGUGGACUCUUGGGAUCCACGUCGAGAAACCAUUCCUAUCCAUUCUUGGGUUCAUCCAUGGCUUCCUUUAUUGGGACACAGGUUAGAGGCCUGCUACCACACAAUUCGUGAUAGAUUGGAAAGUGUUUUGCAUGCUUGGCAUCCCAGUGAUAUGUCAGCAUACUACAUUCUUUCACCUUGGAAGACAGUGUUUGAUUCAGCCAGUUGGGAAAAACUGAUGGUUCGCCAUAUAAUUCCCAAAUUGUUGACUGUCAUGCAUGAGUUCCAAAUAAACCCUGCAAACCAGAAUCUUGAUCAGUUCUAUUGGGUUCGGACCUGGGCAGCGACUAUCCCCAUCCAUCACAUGAUUCACAUAAUGGAUAUUUUUUUCAACAAGUGGCAAGAAGUUUUGUAUCACUGGUUAUGUUCCAGUCCAAAUUUUGAGGAAGUGACAAACUGGUACUUAGGCUGGAAGGAUCUAUUCCCACCUGAACUUUUAGCUAAUGAGCACGUUCGUCAUAGACUGAGUGUUGGCCUUGACAUGAUGAACAAAGCUGCUGAAGGCAUGGAAGUGGUUCAACCUGGUUUGAGAGAGAAUAUAUCCUAUCUUAGGGUGCGUGAGCAAAGGCAGUUUGAGAAAGCUGCUGCUCAGGCUCAAGAAAGAGCUUCUCAGCUGCAAGGAAGUAUUGGACUUGAGUUGAGUUUGAAAGAAGUUAUUGAAGUGCAUGCACAGCAGAAUGGUUUGCUCUUCAAGCCAAAACCAGGAAGAAUGCAAGAUGGUCACCAAAUAUAUGGUUUUGGUAACAUUAACAUUAUCAUUGACUCCCUCAAUCAGAAAGUCUUUGCUCAGAUAGAUGAUGGGUGGUCUUUGGCAUCUUUGGAGCAGCUCUUGGAGUUGCACAGCCGUUCUGGUUUAAAGCGGCGCUAAGCAGCAAUAGUAUUCCUAUUGUAGGAUAAUUUUGUUGUGGUUUAGGCAGGGAACCAGUGGAUUUUUGUUUGCUGUUGUGUGAAUAGGUUGGUAUGACUGUAUCACUUUAUUAAAUUUCUGAACAAAGUUGAAUUGGCCAAUUGCAAAGUUUCAAGAUCAUUUUGUAGUUCUUGAUUGUCUUA